ACGUCUCGGCCGAUUAAGGCCUACUUUUAUUAUGCACUGAGCAUUUUUGCUUUUAUCUCAUCGGCAUGUUCCCAUGUUUUGUUUACAUCGGAAAUAAUAUAGAAACUGAAAUAGCAUUUGCGCUUGCGUGGCAUCGCCAUUGGCCAAUGAACUUUCGUGCAUGCAGUCUGGUGUACUGUUUGUUGUGGAUUCUGUUCUUCCAGCUGUCAUAAUAUGUGAAGCAUUCUGAUGGUUCUGCUCAUAUUCAUUUGGAAGAAGACAUAGUUGUUUUUGUCGUUCAUUGAAAAGAUCCAUGAUGGACAGUUCAGGUGGAUAUCUCCAUGCAAGAGUUGGUGAUUACAGCUUGAAUCCUGAUCCCAGCAAGCAAAAUGAAGUCAAUAACUUAUCUAAACAGCGCUUAGACUCAGGUGUGGGUGAUAUGGACAUUGGAAUGAGGCCGGUAUCAACAAAUCACCGUAACACAACAUACGACUAUAUCGACAACCACUACGAAGAUGUGCCAUCUCCCACCAGAAUCAAUCGCUCGGUGUCGGAACAGAGUACGAGAAAGUCUACGUUGUCUGGAAUGAGUGGCAGCUCCGAGGUGUCCGAUUUUGAUGAAACAAGCACAGCAGGCAUCAUCAAACUUGCAGACAAGAGAAAAAAGUAUAAUCCAUUAUAUCAAACGAGUGGGCACACUGCUCAAAAACCUUCGAGUGAGAAAUCGGCCAGUGUGCGAAAUCUCCAGAAAAGGAUCACCUGCCAUUCCGUUGUCCUCAUUGUUGUUCUGACGUCAUCAUUCGGUGCUCUGGGGCUCAGUCUCUACCUCAUGAUGGAGUCUGAAUCUCGGCAUGUUGAAACUGCCAAAACUCUCAAGAUGCUUCAAGACAAGUAUGAAAAUGUGUCUACUCAGAAUCUGAUUCUGCAGUCUGUCAUUGCUCAAUCUGGCAUCAACACAUCUGCAUUACUUACAUCACUAAACACUCUGUCGAAUACAACAUCUGUCUUAGCAGACUUAAAGGAACAGUUGUCAGAUGCUCAAAAAAAGAUAGCAUUUACACAAGUCGACCUUACAGAGAGACUUAACCAAGUUAACUCUAAUAUGUCGCAGCAUAUUCAAAACUUGACCAGCAUCAUAGUAUCAAAGGACCUAUCAGAAUUUACUAAACUUUCAUCUUGUUACUACAAAAAUUAUACCACGGCCAUGACUCGUGGAACUGGAAGCUACCCUACUCAGUGGCAUCCCAUGUCUCCAGAGCCAGAGGCUGCUGAUGUUCCCAUGUUUGCGUUCUGCUCUGUUAAAGGUGGAGUGACUGAAAUACUGGAGACCAAGUACAUCUCAGCAAAUAAGCUGUCAUACCGAUGUUCUUGUGGUGGGGUUACUAAUGACCCAGAGAGGCUGUGCACGUUACACCUUUGGUUGUGUCCACAAGGUUCUUAGUCAUGAAACUCACCUGUUAUAUUUUCAUAAUAUUUGUUUACUUUUUAUUUUAUUUUAAUAUAAUAAAAUUUCCGUUACAUCCAUUACAAUAUAAUGUCAUCCCAUUGGUCCAGAGGUAGUAACAGGAGUUUG